AUGGUGGCUAUGUGUCUCUUUACAAGUUUAAUCUCUUGGUCAUGUCCAAUUGAAGCUACAAAAACAACAACAACAAGACGAAAACAUCGAACACUUAGAGAACUUCAAAGAGAAGAGACGUUGCCACAAUGGCAUGUUGUGUUUAAGCCAGCUAACAUAACAGCCCACAUGAAUAGUGUUAUUAACAUUGAAGCGGAACUGAGGGUAGAUGUUGAUUUUCAAAAUUUAAAUGACAUAACAUUUGAAUUUUAUGCGGAAGACGAACACUUGGCCAAGGUCAAAAACGAAGUUGUGGGCUCUCAAAUUGAUGAAACAAUUCGGAAAUGGAGUGGUUUCAUAACAGUUGAUGUUAAAUUAUUAGGUUUUACAAAAAUCUAUGUUCGAAUGAUAGAUGACAAAAAUAAUCAUGUGGAAAUUAGCAAAGAAUUUUUGCCAUUGAUAAUCAUAAGGAAACCACGAUUGAUUGAUCACAUUUUUACUGGGUCAGUGGCAUUAUUGGUCUCAUUACUCUAUGUGAAUUUUGGAGCUGCAAUGGAUUUGAAGGUCCUUAGGAAAUUAAUUAUAAAACCUGUGGGUCCCCUUAUUGGGUUUAUAACCCAAUUCAUCUUAAUGCCUGUGUUAAGUUAUGUUCUUGCUGUUGUUGUAUUUCCCCAUAGCAUAGAAAUGCAAUUGGGUUUAUUUUUUACGGGAAUUUCACCCAGUGGUGGGGCCUCCAAUAUGUGGACUGUUAUUUUGGGCGGAAAUAUGAAUUUGUCCCUGCUAAUGACAAGUCUAAGCAAUGUGGCGGCGUUCGGUAUGAUACCAUUAUGGAUAUUUACAUUGGGUCAAGUAAUAUUCAGACGUGGUAAUAUGAUAAUACCAUACUCAAAAAUUGCCACAUUUGCUGUGGCCCUGGUAAUACCCCUAGCCAUUGGUGUUGGUAUACAAAAAUAUUCUCCUAAAUAUAGCAAAAUAUUGGUGCGUUUUUUGGAACCUAUUUCAAAGUGUUUAAUACUAUUCAUCAUUAUAUUUGCAACAGUGACAAAUCUAUAUUUAUUUGAAUUAUUUUCAUGGAGGAUCAUUUUGGCUGGCUCCUUACUUCCAUGGCUGGGUUACGGUUUGGCGUGGUAUUUAGCUCGUAAUCUAAAUCAAAGUGCCGCUGAUGCCCUUACCAUUGCCAUUGAGACGGGUAUACAAAAUACUGGCAUUGCAAUAUUUCUUCUUCGUAGUCUACCACAACCUCAGGCCGAUUUAACAACAGUUAUACCAGUUUCUGUGGCAAUAAUGACACCUUUCCCAUUAUUGGCUAUAUAUCUUUAUAGGAAAUACUGGGGUCAAAAAAACAAUAUCAAAUAUUGUAGUUUGAAUGAAAAUGAUGAUCAUCGACACAUACGAAGUUUAUAA